GCAAUUAAUAUAUAUUAUUUAAAUGUCAUCUAAUCUACCAGGAGAGCCCUUUUAUAAUCUGUCAAUGUGCCAGAUCAACCAUGUGGUGUGGAGCCCUUGGGCUUCUGAUGACAGAAUACAGAACAAUCACACACAUUCUGUCAUCACAUCUGUUCCAUUCAUAAAACACUCCCCCAUGACGCCAUUUGCUAAACUUGUGAAAAAUUGAUAAUUGGCUUCUGUUCAUCACUCGGCCUAUGAUGUUUACUUUUUACGAUAAAUUAUUAAAGUUGAUGAAUGAAGGAUGACGCUUUUAACAGCACCUUUCAUUCCUAUUUUUGAAUUGCGUACGAGAUGCGUCUAAAUAUAAACUUCCCGGUCUUGUUAAAAUAAGCCGUCCGUCCCCCCCCUCCCCCGUUUGCAGUACUAGCACUAGCAGGUGGAUGCAACAUCAAACCAAACCUGCGUCUCAGGAAUACUUGGACAGAAAUGAAGAGUGCCCUAAUGGUUCCCUUGCUUUUAGCUUCAUUGGUCUCAAAUUGUUGGACUGCCCGCCAGUGGAGGAACUGGCCUCCCCAAGCAAUGUUAUAUCUAAAAGGAGCAACGGCACAUCGGCCAAUCAUGCAGCGUUCUGGUAGAGAGGAUGUAGUACAGCCAGUCAAACAGAGUUGGAACAGAAAUACACUGUCGAUGUUUCACACUUCGUCCGUUCUUCUUGAUAUGCUGCAUUCUAAGUACCACAAAAAGGUAGAGAAAACUCCAGCCGGCUGAAUCAAUUGCAAUUGAAAAGCAAUCACUGUGAACAAAGCCUUUGUACAUCCUGCCUAGACUUCAAACAUUAAAUAAGAUGUUCAUCAUGAAUACAACUUGAACUUGAAGUGUGUUUUACUGCCAGCAAAACCAUGUGCGCUGUGGUUUGUUAUUGUGAGGUUAUUAAAAGGUCCAUAUAUUGUGUUAAUAUGCAAAGUAAAUUUUUUAUUUGUGGCAACCUAGGGUUCCUGAUGAGAUUGUACCAUUCAUUAAAUAUUUGAAUU